AUGGAUGGCAGUAGUGGUGAAUGGCUCAGCACUCCCGUGCCUUCGUGUUGCCUGGAAAACCUCACCAUGGAGAAUUCCAGCAGGGGCCAAAUCUAUGAAGUCAUGCUGCAGUCGACGAACACAUCGAAGCGCAGUCCUCAGUUUGUUGGUGUGGAGCUCCUUCAGUCUUUUAAACCCCUCAUAAUCCCUUGCUACGCUCUCGUGGUCCUGGUUGGAGUUUUUGGGAACUACCUGCUGCUUUACGUCAUCUGCCACACCAAAAAAAUGCACAACGUGACCAACUUCUUCAUCGGUAACCUGGCGUUUUCUGACAUGCUGAUGUGUGCUACCUGCGUGCCCUUUACCCUGGCAUACGCUUUUAACCCUCGUGGGUGGGUUUUUGGAAGAUUCAUGUGCUACCUGGUGUUCCUCAUUCAGCCGGUGACGGUGUACGUGUCGGUUUUCACACUGACAGCUAUUGGGGUGGACAGAUACUAUGCUACGGUUCAUCCCCUGAAGAAGCGCAUCUCAGUUCUGGCCUGCACAUAUCUUCUGUCUGGGAUCUGGAUUUUGUCGUGUGGUCUGGUGGCUCCUGCUGUGGCCCACACGUACCAUGUGGAGUUCAAGGACGAAGGUUUCACCAUCUGCGAGGAGUUCUGGAUGGGUCAGGAGAAAGAGCGGCUAGCCUACGCUUACAGCACGCUCUUCAUCACCUAUGUCCUUCCUCUGUCCGCACUUUGCAUCUCCUACUUGUGCAUUUCAGUGAAGCUUCGCAAUUGUGUGGUGCCAGGUCAUCGCACCCAGAGCCAAGCGGAAGCCCAGCGGGCUCGGAAACGCAAGACGUUUCGUCUGGUGUCUUUAGUCGUCGCUGCUUUUGGGAUCUGCUGGCUGCCGAUAAGUGUCUUCAAUGUUCUUCGGGAUAUUGAUAUAGACCUGAUCGACAAGCGCUACUUCCUGCUGAUCCAGCUAUUGUGUCAUUUGUGUGGAAUGAGUUCCUCUUGUUGUAACCCGUUUUUAUAUGCAUGGCUGCACGAUCCUUUCAGGGCGGAAUUGCGCAAGAUGUUCACCUGCCAUCGACGGAUUGGCAUCGGGAUUCCUGCACACAACUGCGCUACCGCUAGCGUGGUUCUCUGACAGAAAAAGAGCACAUCAAGUUAGUUCAAAGACUACUGAGGCUAGCAGAACAUUUGGGUUGCACACUUUUUGAAAAGAGAAAGUGUUCACAUUGGUCCUGGCUGGAACUAUACCAUCUGUAAGGUUCCUCCACAUGCAUCUUGUUUUAGAUGGACACAGAUGGUCUUUCUUGGAUGUACAAGCCAUGUGAGAAAACUGUUGGAUUCAGCCACAAGAUUUCACCAUGCUGUCUGUGAUUUGGAUAUGGAUUUCCUAGGAAGGAGACUGAAUGUUGGUCACAUUACAGAGAAACGGUCCCUUAAAAUACUGCAACAGAAACAUACAGA